AUUUUUUUUUUUUUUUGUUCUCCUUUUUUUUUUACACGGGGAUAAAGGGUAUUUCAGUAUAAAAAUAAUGCACUUUUCAGUUCUUUUCUCUUUCUCUUAUAUAUAUAAAAAGAAAAGAUAUACAUAUAUAAAGAAAAGCGCGUAGAUUAGACCCGUAUGUAAUCAAAACAUGAACAAUCAAGGCGAACAUAAACCCAGUUUACCUUCAAUCAAAGAUUUGUUGGAAGGAGGACCUGGUUUACUUGGUAACGAAACAGAUUUUAUAUAGGAUUGUUCAUGAUGAUAUUAACAUUAAAGAAGAUUAUUCCAAGAAAUCAAAGAUUCAUAGUCAUAGAAGACAUGCAUCAGAACAUACGCUUUCUAAUAAUGCUUAUCUCCCUUUACAAAUGCAAUCAUUAUCACUUGGUAAACCUUCUAGAGAGAGAACACAUUCACGAUCCUAUUCAGACUUAACGCCCAGACCUCGUCUUCCUCCUCCUCCUCCUCCUCCUACCACCACUAUUACUCGACCUUCUUCUCCCACCACUCCCACUUCUCCCAUACCUGAUGAAGAAGAGGAAGAAGAAGAACCUGGCAAAUAUGUCUGCCCUUAUUGUGAUAAAGCCUUUACUCGUCCGUCUUCAUUACGUACUCAUACCUAUUCUCAUACAGGUGAGAAGCCAUUUAAAUGCACUGAACCUGCUUGUGGUCGUAAAUUUAGUGUUCAGAGUAAUCUUCGACGUCAUCUUCGAAUACAUCGAUUGAAUAAACCAUCUACGCUUUUCAAAAGUAAAAACAUUAAAUAAAAUAAAAUAUAAAAAGUGUGUGUGUGUGUAACAGAAACAAGGC